UGAGUUUUGAUCAAUAAUCCAACGAGUUUAAGCCCAAUCAAACUCAGUGCUUCACCAUUUGACUGUAGGCUGUGUAGUAACAAACAAACCUACUCGACGCUCAUUGCAGAUCUGUAGUUGCUUUGCUUUUAUCGUUCACUUCAGCUUCGACUCAGAAACUAACUCACCAAUACAAUGGCUUUCUCCAAGGACCAGCUGCUUGAUCGUUUAAAGGAGCUUCAAAUAGAAUUUUCCCAGUAUGAACAUCCCGUUGUUUUGACAGUUGAAGCUCAGGCAAAAUAUGUUGGGAAUUUGGGAGGUGCAUUGAGCAAAAAUUUGUUCUUGAAGGACAAGAAACAUAGGUACUAUGUUGUCUCUGCUCUUGCAGAUACAAAAGUAGAUUUGAAAGUUUUAUCUCAGAGGCUUGGUUUAGGGAAAGGUGGUCUAAGAAUGGCUGCAGAAGAGGCACUGGUUGAGAUACUUAAGGUUCCACUUGGAUGUGUUACUCCAUUUGCCGUGGUAAAUGAAUCUGCAAGACAUGUCUCACUAUUGUUGGAUCAUGGAUUCAAAACUCAAGAGUAUUGCUUUUUCCACCCACUUUCCAAUGACAUGUCAAUCUCUCUUAACGCCCACGGUCUGGACAAGUUUCUUAAAUCGAUUGGGAGAGACCCAUCAUACGUUGACCUGGAGGCUAACCCUCCUGUAGGGAAAGACCAACCUCCCGAUCUAGCUGCUUUUGUUCCAUCAGAUGCCCCAAUUCUGUCAGAUCUUCCAGUAAAAGCACCUACACAAGAUUCUACCGGAAAACAUGUUAGUGCUGCUAGUAAUUCUGCAGCAGUUGCAGCCAAAGCUGUUAAGCCAUCUGGUAAUGUGCAAAAUGUUAAGGAGAAGCCAGUCAAUACUGUGCAGCCUUCAAUUCCUGCUGCGGAUGCUGGGAAUUUUGUGGAAGAGCUCCUGGAUAGAGCAUCUGCAUUACUGCUUUCAGAAAUUUCGGAGGAUUCGAUUAAGCAACACAGUGGGCAGCUUGGAGCUGAGGUAGCAAAUAAUAUCAAAAAAUGUCUUAGAGAAGACCUAAAGAACCUUGCUACAAUAUUCAAGAACACAGCAUAUACAGAAGGGUUUUACGCAGGUACUCGCUAUCAACCUAAGCGUCUUUGAAGUCAUUUGUGAUGCUUAGCUUAAACUCUGUUGUACCAUUUUGCUUACUGGAAACAAAAUCCAAACAAAAAACGUAAAUUAAAGGGAGAAAUGUAGUUCUCAUUGUCUCAUAACUCUUGUUUUUUCCUGACAUUUGAUGGUAACUAUGUAAGCCCUGUUUUUGAAUCAGAUAAAAAUGUUAAUUGGAUACGUUGUUAUCAGGAUAA